AUGUCUCAACAAAAAAAACGUAAUCAUGUAACUGUAGCAUGUAUAAAUUGUCGAGGAAAACGCAAAAAAUGCGAUGUACAUUCUGGAGAAAAUAAAUGUACUCGCUGUAUUGAACGAAAUUUAUCUUGUAUUUUUGUACCUGGCGGUAAACGAGGUCCAAGGACCGCUGCUGGUGUAUACCAAAAUGCAUUAAUUACCAAUCCUUCCUCUUUCAUUCACGAUGAACAAAUGCCAAAUAAUAAUCAAAACAAUACUAUUGUUACUAAUAUUAACACUCACAUGACUACCGAAACUAUCGCGACUACUGAAACUACCGCGACUACUGAAAUUUUCAACAAUACUCAACCUUCAUCAAAUUUUCAUGAUCAAAAUAUAUCUUCCUUUUCAACUAACGAUUUAAACGGUUCCUUCUAUCACGAAACUCCACGUCUUUAUAUUAACCCUUGUGAUGAGGCUACUGAAUCAUCCCAAGAAUGCAA